AUGUCCUUCCAUCAACACAGUCCUCCGUCGCCCUCCCACGUCCUCCGUCAACACAGUCCUCCGUCAACACACCCCCCACGUCCUCCGUCAACACAGUCCCCCCAACUUUGGUCCCCCCACGUCCUCCGUCAACUCGUCCUCCGUCAACACAGUCCCUCCCACGUCCUCCGUCACACAGCCCCUCCCCCGUCCUCGGUCACGUCCACGUCCUCCGUCAACACAGUCCCUCCCGUCCUCGGUCGUCCCUCCCGUCCUCCGUCAACACAGUCCUCCGUCCUUUGGCCUCGUCCUCCGUCACGUCCUCCACCGUCCUCCGUCCAGCACAGUCCCUCACAGUCCCUCCCAUCCUUCCACAGUCGUCCUCCUCCCGUCAACACAGUCCCUCCUCCUCAUCCUUUAGCCCUCCCACGUCCUCCGUCAACACAGUCCUCAGUCCCUCCUCCGUCCUUUAGUCCCUCACGUCCUCCGUCAACACAGUCCCUCCCGUCCUCGGUCGCUUCAGUCCUCCAACACAGUCCCCCCCCUUUAAAUCCCUCCGUCCUCGGUCGCUUUAACACAGUCCCUCCCGUCCUUUGGUCCUCCCCACGUCCUCCGUCCGCAUCCUCCCGUCCUCCGUCAACUUGCGAUCUCAUCCUCCGUCCUUUAGUCCCCCCACGUCCUCCGUCAACACAGUCCCUCCAUGUCUCCGUCCCACAGCACAGUCCCUCCACGUCCUCCGUCAGCACAGUCCCUCCCAUUCCUCCGUCCUUUACAGUCCCCCACGUCCUCCGUCGCUUUGCGAUCUCCGUCACCACAGUCCUCCCCUCCGUCAACCACAGUCCUCCCCACCCCUCCCGUCAACACAGUCCCUCCGUCAACACAGUCCUCCACGUCCUCCGUCAACACAGUCCCUCCCACGUCCUCCGUCAACAGUCCACUCCCACCCUCCGUCAUCCCUCGUCCUCCGUCAACACAUGUCCUCCGUCAACACAGUCCCUCCCACGUCCUCCGUCAACACAGUCCCUCCCCUCCGUCAGCCCCCCACGUCCUCCGUCAACACAGUCCCCAGUCCUCACGUCCUCCGUCAACACAGUCCUCCCACGUCCUCCGUCCUUUGGUCCUCCCACGUCCUCAAAUCCUUUACCAGCCCUCCCACGUCCUCCGUCCUUGGUCCCUCCAUCCUGGCCCUCCCCGUCCGUCCUCCGUCAACACCUCCACGUCCUCCGUAAACAGUCCUCCGUCACUCCCGUCCUUUUGGCCUCCCGUCCCCCACGUCCUCCGUCAGCACAGCCUCCCGUCCUCCGUCCACAGUCCCCCUUCCUCCGUCCUUUGGCCCCUCCCAUCCUCCCAUCCUCCGUCAACACAGUCCUCCUUAAUGUCCUCGUCCUCCCACGUCCUCCGUCAACACAGUCCCUCUGUCCUCGGUCAACACAGUCCUCCCCACGUCCUCCGUCAACACAGUCCCUCCCACGUCCUCCGUCAACACAGCCUCCACGUCCUCCGUCAACACACCUCCCACGUCCCUCCGUCAACACAGUCCCUCCCAUGUCCUCCGUCAACACAGUCCUCCGUCCUUUGGUCAACACAGCCCCCUCCGUCCCACGUCCUCCGUCCUCCGUCAACACAGUCCCUCCCACGUCCUCCGUCAACACAGUCCCCUCCCGUCCUCCGUCAACACAGCCCCCCACUGUCCGCCAACACAGUCCUCCUCCCACGUCCUCCGUCAACACAGUCCUCCCACGUCCCUCUCCGUCAACGUCCUCCCACGUCCUCGGUCAACACAGUCCCUCCCACGCCCUCCCUCCACCUCGGUCAACACAGUCCUCCGUCAACACAGUCCCCCUCCUCCGUCACGUCCUCCGUCAACACAGUCACAGUCCCUCCCACGUCCUCCGUCAACACAGUCCCCCCACGUCCCCACGUCCUCCGUCCCCGGUCGAACACGUCCUCCGUCAACACAGUCCUCCCACGUCCCACGUCCUCCCCACGUCAACACAGUCCCUCCCAUCGCGUCCUCCGUCACCAGCCCCUCCUAAUGUCCUCCGUCACCACAGUCCCUCCCAUGUCCUCCGUCAACACAGUCCUCCCACGUCCUUUACGUCCUCCGUCAACACAGUCCCCCACGUCCCAACACAGUCCCUCCCACGUCCUCCGUCAACACAGUCCCUCCCACGUCCUCCGUCCGUCCUCCUCCGUCAACACAAACCCUCCCACGUCCUCCCACCAGUCCCUCCCACGUCCUCCGUCAACACAGUCCCUCCCACGUCCUCCGUCACCACAGUCCCACGUCCUCCUCCGUCCUCCCUCCCACGUCCUCCGUCAACACAGUCCCUCCCACGACCAGUCCCUCCCACGUCCUCCGUCAACACAGUCCCUCCCACGUCCCUCCGUCACGUCCUCCGUCCUUUAGUCCCUCCCACGUCCUCCGUCAACACAGUCCCUCCGUCAACAGCAGCCCCGUCAACACCACGUCCUCCGUCAAAACAGCCCCUUCCCUCCGUCAACACAGCCCCUCCCACGUCCUCCCACGUCCUCUGUCAACACAGCUCCCCUCCCACGUCCUCCUCCUCACAGUCCUCCCACGUCCCUCCGUCAACUCCUCCGUCAACACAGUCACGUCCUCACAGUCCCUCCCACGUCCUCCGUCAACACAGUCCCUCCCAUGUCGUCCACCGUCCCUCCGUCACACACAGUCCCCUCCACGUCCUCGUCCCUCCGUCAACACAGCCCUCCCACGUCCUCCGUCAACACAGUCCUCCUCCCACGUCCUCCGUCAACACAGUCCCUCCCACGUCCUCCGUCACACAGUCCCUCCCACGUCAACACAGUCCCUCCCCACGUCCUCCGUCAACACAGUCCCUCCUUAAUGUCCUCCGUCAACACAGUCCCUCCCACGUCCUCCGUCAACCAGUCCUCCACAACACAGUCCUCCACGUCCUCCUGGCCAACACAGUCCCUCCCACGUCCUCCGUCAACACAGCCCCCAAGUCCUCCUCAGUCAACACAGUCCUCCGUCAACACAGCCCCUCCCCACGUCCUCCGUCAACCAAGUCCCUCCCAUGUCCUCCUCCGUCAACACAGUCCCUCCCAAUGUCCUCCUCCGUCAACACAGUCCUCCCACGCCCCGUCAAAACAGCCCUCCCACGUCCUCCAACACAGCCCUCCCACGUCCCUCCGUCAACACAGCCCCUCCCACGUCCUCCGUCAACACAGUCCCUCCUCCCACGUCCCUCCGUCAACACAGUCCCUCCCACGUCCUCCGUCAACACAGUCCCUCCCAUCCUCCGUCAACACAGUCCCUCCCACGUCCCGUCAACACAGCCCCUCCACGUCCUCCGUCAACACAGCCCCCCACGUCCUCCGUCAACAUAG